UCAAGUCUCAGCUUGUGUACUUACAUAUAUAUUUACAGUGACUUCAUCGUCGUUGUGUUUGUAUAUUAAACAUUAGUGUAGCUCAGGCUCGUUAAUAUAGAAGCAACAUGAGCUGGAGUUCUGAAGUAGACUUCCAGUGUGCCUCGCACAUGUCAGUGGCUAUGGGGUCAUUUGGUAUUGAACUGGGCGACCCGACCGACACGAGUGUAGAAUCAUCGGGAAAGCCUCCCCUACAAGAAUAUAAUACAAAAUCAGGCGAUAUGCUGAAGGGCAGGCUGCAUUUGGAUUUAAGGCGUGCCAUAAGCUUCGACUCUAUAUCCUGUUGGAUACGAUGCUGUUGCGAAUUCGGGUCACAGGAGACAGAGCUGAUUCUCGCCGGAGGGACGGUUGAGAAUACGGAACAAAAGUAUCCCGCGGGUAAGCACACUAUUGAAUUCAGCCAGUUGGUACCCACCGGUCCUCCCACGCUAAGAAUUGGCACUGGCAAAGAUGAGCUGCACAUUGUAUGGACUGUAGUCAUCACUGCCAAGAAAGAGGCGGACGCUCCGGGGGAGCUUGUGGAGAAAACCGAUGUGCUGAUUGCGACUAUGUGCUUUGACAAUGGCGUGUCUUGGCCCAUUCCCAGAAACAACUUGAUAGACGGUGAAAGCAUAGCCGAACUAAAGGGUAAGCAGCUCUCCUUGAGUUUGGCCACUGACCGAGUUUUCGAGUUUGAUAUAGAAAAUCCACUCAAAUCCAUGAAAGUGCAAGUAAAAAUCACGAAUGAAACGGGUAAGAAUAUAGAGAGUGUCAAGUUGAAGUUUACGCAAUUGGCGCACGUACACCUUGGAAUGGAUGAAGAGUGGCAGGGCAACUCGGGAACGAACUCGCCGACUCCGAAUGAGUCCAAACCUCUCAGCGCUGGACAGAUGCAGUUGGCGCACCACCUGAACAGGAAGUCGUCAACGACUAAGAAAAUAAUGGGAGGAAUAAAAGGGUUGACGAAUACCCUCCACAUCACGUCCCCGCACACCAUCUCUGGAUCUCACGGCAAGAAGUACAAGAGUGACUUUCAGUUAACUGAGCGUAUUCUGAAUAGCACAGCAGAACAAAUUGAAUGUACGACGGUGGUCCUCUCGCAGCCCAGUGAUUUCAAGAACCACAAUUUAGCCGUAAGCCGUGUGGCUUACGCUCAGAAGAAGUACCAGAUAAGGAACCCGGCCAAUUCCGCCUAUGAGUCUCCCAUUACGUCGCCGCCCGUUUCACCGCGCAUUUCACCGCGACACUCGCUGAAUCAGUCGCCAUCUAAGUUUCCUCCAGCGAAAUCUACACCUCCACGGUCCCCAAAUACGUCGCGCAAGGCGUCGUUUUCGGCGUCGCCCAGAGCGCUAUCACCCGCCACAUCACCACGAGCGUCGCAUGCGUCGCAUACAUCUUCGCCUGCACGAUCGUCCCAGGGCGAACGUUCCGUCACUAUUCACCUUGAUACUGCAGUUCCCGAUAGGGAGGUGGCGAUUGGCGCGGAGGUCAGUGAUGAGAGGAGAGAGACGGUUACUUCACGGUCAAGUAUGGGUGACUCACAAAGUGCCCCACCGACUAUGAAUAAUCAAGCGGUUAGUGAUUUUAGUCAAAUGUACAUUUCCGACGGGAGAACACAGCAACAAUCUGGGAGUGACCCUGGGGACCGUGGCGCCUCUCCGGGAGUCAGGCCCAUCCCCGGUGUCAGCUUAUAUGUCCCCGGAAACACACCCCUACCCCAGGUCCCUAAAGCUAUCAUAUUCGAGCCCGUCGAUGACGAAGCAGAACUGCAGAAGGAAAAAGAGGUGACGGAACGCGCCAGGAAACCACACAUAUGUCCUUCCUUCACAUAUAAUUCCACGAGCGCACAGAUAUCAGUGGCAUACGUGGUGGAAGGCCGAAUACAAGUUGCGGGUACCACUGUGCGAGUGAAGGUACCCUUAGACUUGUCUUGUGCCUGGCUAUAACUGAGUGAAGGACCACCCAAGCCUAUCGUGUACCUGCGCCAAAUUCUUAGUACUGGGCGUGUUCUGCAUACCUAUGGAAUAUCUGAAUGAUCGUGCCCAUCGCCAGUAUGAAUAGUUAUACCCUGGUUGAAGUAUAUUUUUUAGGUUGAUCCGGUAGGGCGGCACGCUUUUAUUUGCUCGCUACAAUGAAAGAAGGUCGCUACUCAUCUUCUUACCAUCCCAAUUCUUUGGUACUGGUAUCGAGAACCAAUCCUCAUGCGCCAUUAGACGCUCUCGCCGGCUUCUGGCAUGAUUACUAAUGGAAAUGAAUCUUUAGUAGCACACCCCUGUGCUUUAAAUGUGUGGUGUCUUCCGCUAAAUAAAUAUUCCAACACCGCUGCACUCUGUCACCAACCUGUUAUUUAGAGGUGGGGCCUGUGACCCUGUGCACACAGUACACCCGUUGACAGACAGGAUAUUGCACAACACCAUGAUGAAAGACCAUAUACGCCGUAUUUGCUUUGUUUUAGGGUUUAGCUGUUUUCCAAAAAAAAACUGCGUACACAGCCUCAAAAAAAAAAUGAAAAAAGCGAGUUUGAAAUUUUGAAUAUUGAAACCUC